UUGAAAUUAUGAAUCAGAGAGGUGGUCCCCGUGCCUCCGGUUACAUACAUCUAUAAUACCGUAUAGUAUAAAUCAUCAUUUCUGGGUACCAACGGCGAUACCGCGAAGCAAAAAUAUAUUUCGCGAGGCGAGACGAUUUAAUUCGCACUGUCGAUCGCUCCGGCUCACGUAUCGGACGCAUAAUAUAUAAGAGGGUACCUGCCGCGGAACCCUUUUCACGCGAAAGUACCUUAUGCAGUGAAGUGCUGUGCUAAUUUUCUUUCACCAUGUUCUGUUUCGUUUUAUUGGAAAUGACUUAUCUUUACGAAGACAAACACGGGUUAUAACAGUGGUGGGUUUGUCUAGUUGUGAAUUUAUUAUUUAAUUAAGAUACAAAUCUAUAAGAAAAGUUCCUUCAACAAAGUGCUGUGAUAUUCAACCAGAACGAAUUAAUCUGUGAUAUAAUAAUUAAUUUAUUACGUUAAUUUAUUAUGAAAAACAACCUCUCAGAAAAUGACGAACAAUAAUCAAGACAUAUUGGAAGAAGUUUGUGUCGAAAACGGUCGAAACGCCGAUCAGUUCGAAAAACUUUUAGGAAAUAGAUGUCAAACGGCUCCGACGUUGCCGGCUUUGCUUCCGGCUUCGCAGAUCUGCGGAAAGAAAUUAGAAAAUAGAAGAAAGUCUGAUAACAGUCUAUUGGGUUCUUUCAAUAGAUUGAGGUAUUCUAUAGGUUCGAAAGAUGGUCCCAUUCAAUUUAAUAAUAGGCUUAGUAGGAUUGUAUUCCAAACAUUACAACCCAGAGGUCUAAAUAGUAAGGAAACUUCAACUAUUCAAAAAAAUAACCAUAGCAGUGAAUAUGUAAAGGCAAACAGACACGAAAAAAAUCCGAAAAACUACAGAUUUAGGCAGUCCAGAUUCAAUGCAAGAAGAAUUAGGAAACGAGUAGUUUUCAAACACGGUGAUUGCAAUGUGAUACAAGGCAACGUCGCCAAAAGACGCCGAAAAUACCUUCAAGACAUUUUUACAACGUUGGUGGACGCGCAAUGGCGCUGGACGCUGUUGGUGUUCGCCAUGAACUUCUUUUUAUCUUGGCUGAUGUUUGCUAUAGUGUGGUGGCUUAUUGUAUUUACUCAUGGAGAUCUCAGCGAGGAGCAUAUUAAUGGCACCGAUCCAUGGGUACCUUGCAUUACAAAUAUACGCGGCUUCACGUCGUGCUUCCUUUUCAGUAUUGAAACUCAACAUACCAUUGGUUAUGGCGGUAGAACUACCACAGAAGAAUGUCCAGAGGCCAUCUUCGUCAUGUGUAUUCAAAGCAUAACAGGUGUUAUGAUUCAGGCAUUUAUGGUUGGUGUAGUCUUCGCAAAACUUUCCAGACCAAAGAAAAGAACUCAAACGUUGAUGUUUUCCAGAAAUGCAGUUAUUAACCACCGAGAUGGUGUACCAUGUCUUAUGUUUAGGGUAGGUGACAUGAGAAAAAGUCACAUUAUAGAAGCGCACGUUAGAGCGCAACUCAUAAAACACAAAGUUACUAGGGAGGGAGAGAACUUACCGUUUUUCCAAACAGAACUGAAGGUAAGCGGAAAAGUAGGCGGUGACGGGGAGGAAGAUAAGAUUUUCUUCAUUUGGCCAACAACUAUCGUUCAUAAAAUCGAUUGUAAUUCCCCACUUUACAACAUGUCCGCAAAUAAUUUACUUAGGGAGCGAUUUGAAAUUGUAGUUAUUUUAGAAGGUGUUAUUGAGUCAACUGGUAUGACAACUCAAGCAAGAUCCAGUUAUCUUCCGUCGGAAAUUUUAUGGGGCCACAGAUUUCAGUCGCUCAUUACAUUCAAAAAGGAUUCUGGGGAGUACGAAGUAGACUAUGCGCUGUUCAACAACACAGUCGAAGUGGACACACCUUUAUGUAGCGCUAGGGAACUGGACGAAAGGAGGGCCAUGUACAACAAUGAAGGCUUGGAAGAAAAACCAAAAUUUUUGACAACCGGCCAAUGCCGCAUGAACGGGUUAUUUCCAUCAGUUCGUUCGCAAUCUAGCGACACCCUAUCCAGUAUGGAUUCAUUGUCGAUUGAUGAUGGACACAUCGAAAUGAAAAUUCCAACUAGUCCUAUUCCAGUAACCAUCACUGCUCCGGAAGAGAUGACGCCGGAAGAGAAUGUGCCGCUAACCAAUGGGACUUUAAAAAACCAUUCGAAUAUGAUACCUCCGGUAUAACGUUAGUGUUUAUUAGGUUAAUGUUAUUCGAAUUUUGAGAGAUGAAAUGUAGAAAUUAUUUUUAUAUUAUGCAGGGUAGUUCGGGAUUUAUUUUGUCAGGGAUUUCGUAAAAUAGUAGAAGUGGAUUCGCAAAAGUUAGUAAAUGUGCACAUUAGGUAACAAUGUAGGUGUUAUUUUGAUGAAUAUUUUUCAAUUCUGUGCCAUUUCAAGAAUUGAUUUGAUAAGUAUUUUCUGUAAAAGUAAGUUUUGUUCAUUUUCGACAAGCAGUGAACAAUGGUCAUUCGCUUUUCUUUGGAUCUUUUGCCUUUUUUUUCUAGAAACUAAUGCUGCUUGAUAUCUCCUGGGCAUAGAAGGCACAUAGUUAAUUGUUUUUCCAUCACAGAUGCAUUUUCAAAAUAACUUUGGGAACACUAGUUGCAUUUGUAAUUUUUUUUUUUUUUUUUUUUGUUAGACAAAUAAGUUGAUUUUGGUCAUAUAGUUAGUCCACUUGUCCUCAUUGUUAAGCUAAUUAAGUUUUCAUCAAAACUACUAGUUAGUUAUAAUUCGAAAAGUUCAGGUCCAUAUUUAUAAAGAAGUAUUUAUAUUGAAAGUGGCUUGCAAACACAAAAGAACUCCAUUCCCAAAUAAAAAAAGGCACAAUUUCGUUUUUUAUUUAGUUCUCUUUAACCAACCUUUUAAUAUUUUAUUAGUACAAUAAUUAAAAAUAACCAUUUCUACUGAUAGUUUACGAAAUUUUUGUAUAGAAAAUUUAAAUCCAAACCAUUUAGUUAUACAUUAGUUAUAAUUUUUUUGUUCUUUGCUUGCAUUUUAUCGGAAUGUAUUCAAAUAGUUAUCGACAAAUGAUGUGAUUUAAUUAUGUUUUUUUAUUCGAAUAACGUAUUUAUAUACACAAAUACAAUUUCUAAAAUAGUAGUAUAUACUUCUUAAUUUCCAUUUGCACUCCUUGAAAAAUAAAUAACGUUAAGUUCCCAAAUGUAUUGCUAUUAUUUAAACAAUGUAAGUUUACCACAUUACCUGUAAUUUAUUUUUAAAGUUUGAUGCAAAUUUAUUUCAAAAAGAAGUUUUUAACGGCCUCCAAAAAAAAAAGGAGGAAAAGGUUCUCAAUAUUUUUUAUGUAUAUUCAACGAUAAUUCUUUACCACUUUGUCCGAUUUGUAAGAUUCUUUUUUUUUUGUUAGAUAGGGGUACCACGGGAGAUGGUGCCAUAUACAUUUGGACAAGAGCUGAUGAUAAAAUCAGCAAACUCAAUUUGUAAUGGCAUCUGCCCGAUUUUGGAGUCGGAUUUUUUAAAAUUACUUUUAUAACUUGUAGAAUUAAACAGACAUUUCAUCUCUCUCCCUCUCUUAUUUAAAAUAUUUUACGCUUAAAUAAUUUAAAUGAUUUUUAUCGCAGGACGAUGUAAAACGUUUGUAAAACAUUUUUAUUUAUAAGAAACAAUGUAUCCAUAAUUAUAAACAAUUUUCAAAUUAUUUUUUUUUGUAAUAAAAAUAAAAAAUAAACAUUUUUUUUAAAUAUGUUUUUGAUUUCGCUGCAUUAACGUAAAUACUUUGAAUAAACGCAAAAGCAAUUACCCACCGUCAUAAAAAAAUACAAUUAAAUUAAUAACGUUUACAAUUGACAAGAAAUUUAAUUGAAAAUUACAUAAUUUAAAUUAUACCGGUUUCGUAAAAUUGUUUAUUUUACUGGAUACAUUUUUAGUUAUUUAAUUACAAAAAACUGCUUCCUAUUAUCGAGUGGCCUUAAUAAAAAAAAUUCCUUUACUAUUAAAGAGGAGAAUGUCAAAAAAUAUGUAAUUUUGUGUCUAUGUAAAAAUAAACAUUUUUGUGGUACUAGUUGUGAAAGUAGGCUGUUUUGAUAUAACCCUAUGGAAUGAUAUUUAUUAUUGUUUAUUUUCUUUUUUUUUUAUUAAGUCCAACGCAUUUUUAUAAAAAUAUAGGUAUAUAGGUAGUCGAGUGGUGUAAAAUAAUUCGGAUUUGUAAAAGAGUUGAUACCAAAUUAUGUGGGGUGUGUGUAAAAUAUCUUUACAAAAACAUAUCAUAUCCAUUAGUUGUAUUAACUAAAACCUCAGUACAAAAUUGCUCAGUUUGGCCACUAGACGGUAAUGAAAAUUAAAAUUUUAAACCGUUCCUCUAUUAUAAAUUUUAAACGCCUACAUUGACAGAGUUUUAGGUUUUAUUUGAAAAAAUUAUGACUAAUAUUAACUCAUAGGCUUAAAACUUGCACAUUUAAAAUUUCUACGCCAAUGGAGGAAAAUGAAUUUGAAAACGGAAUUUGGAAUGCUUAACUCAUUUACUACAUAAAACUCGAUUACGCCCACAGUUUUGGCGAAAUAUUAAUUUUAAUAGUUUUUAAUGUACGUUUCAAAAAAAAAAAGUUUAUUUACUAAAACAUGAAUACAAAUAACAAAGAUUUCAUAAAAUCUGUAGUACAAUACAAUACUACUACAAUAGUGUCGUAAUUUCUCACUUUUCUUGGAAACUUGUCUGUUGACUUGCCCAUUCCAAAAAUUAUUAUUUGAAAAUCUAAGUGGAUUUUAUUUAUUCCAAGCACAGACUACAGAACGAAAACCAAUAUAUUUCCUAUCCAUUCUAGUAAGAACACUGUACAUAUAUGAAAUUCACCAAUCACUGUAUAUAUUUGUUACCAGGCUACUUUUAUUUUGUUUUUUAAACAUUAGAUAUGUGAAAAUUCGGCCAAACUAAUUGUCAGUAUGUUUUUUAGUAAUUAAGAUUAAAUAUACAUUAAAAAUGAGCGUUUCUUGUGAAGAUUUUCAUCUAUAUUUACAAAUAAAUCGUAAUUUUAAUAAAACUAUCUAAAACCAAUUUAAUUACAAAUUAGUAAAAUCAAAUUAUUUUUAAAAUAGUUAUUUUAACUUAUUUGUAAAAUUUAGACAUUUUCUUUAUUGGUUGUAGAAAAAAUAUACUAUACAUAGUGUAAAACUCGGGUCGAUUGUUCGUAUGCUGAGGUAAGUUUACUUAAAUCGGCCUAUUUGAAUAUAUUUAUAUAUGUGGUGUGUUAUUGUAAAGACCUUUUACAAAUACGCUGUAUUUUAACCAAGAAAUAUGAAUUCUAAUGAAAUUAUUCAACAUGGAACCUUUAAGUAGUCAAAAGUACUUAUAAUUGAAUAUAGAAAUUUAGCAGAUUGAUAAUCAAGGGUAAUAUACCAAGACCUUGAUAAUAGUCAACUAUUUUUGUUGAAUCGAAAUCUCGAGAAUAUUUUAAUACCAAUUUGAUGAGACAUCAAUUGAUUAUUAAUGCCAAAAUUAUGUAGAAUCAAAUUGUAAAAUGUUUCUCUAGAGAAAUAGUCGCUGAUAUUUGGUCUAUGAAGAUAGUCAAUAAAAAAUAACUCCAAGCAACGGGAAUUCUAUUCUGUAAACAUUUUGACAUACCUUUAUCAGAAUACGCUAGAUCAAUGAUGAUGUAAUUAUGGUUCCACUGACAAUUAAAGUGACAGUAGAUUUUUUGAGUGCAUUUUGUUUAUCUAAAUUAUAUCUUUUUUUCACUUUUAUAAAUAUAUUCCUAAAGUAAGUAGAUAACAUGCAUCAAAUAUACAAUCGUUUAGUUACCAAUUACAUAUCUUUAAACUAUUUUUUAAGCCCUAUAGACAAUAUUUAGAAAUAAACUAAAAACAGUAAAAACGUAUUUGUCAAAUGUAUUGAUGUUUUUGUUAAAAGUUUGGUUAGAAUUAAAUGUCAUUGGAACCAAAAUGACAUCACAUCGAACUAGCGUAUUGUAAUGAAUAUUUGAGUUAACUAAUAAACGUGGACUGUUGAAAAAUCCUUAGAAUACUCUUUAAAAUCAAUAUAUGGAAUGUGCUAAAGUUACCAAAAUACACCUACUUUUUUAUUAACUAUUUAAUUUAGUUAUUUAUUUAUUUAUAUUCAUAUUUAUUUAUGUUAUCUUUAUUUCAAAUCCUUUGUAUGGUUUCUUAGAAUAUUUAAAACAUAAUUCAUUUUUGAUCAAUUUUUACGUAUUGGUGAAUUUUUUUUAAACGAUUAAACAUUACAUUUUGAUUAUUUUUUUUAAGUUAUUAAAAUUUUAUACGAAUUUCACACAGUUUUAGGUAAACAUUGCGUAUUUUUCUUUUCUUAUUUUUAUUAUGAAUGCUAUUUAUUUUAGUCAAUAUUUAGUAAUAUCCCACUUUUUUUACUUUAUCAUUAUUUCCUAAUAUUUUAAGAAUAUUUGUAGAAAAUUAGAGUUAGUGUAUAGCUUUUUAUUUCUGAAUUUGUUUAGGUACUCAUAUUUUCUAAAUUAAUUUAUAGGUAGGCACUUUUUACAGUCUUAGGUUAUUUUUUUGGUUUUAAUGUACCUAAACAGAUGUACAACUUCAAUUUUAAAGAAUUGCAAAGACUUUUUCGUAAAAUGUAUGUUUAAAAUCAUCUCUAGGUAUACUGAUUAGUUAAAUAUUAUUUAAUAAUUCAAAUUAACCUUUCUACCGCUUGUUGAGAUCACACAUUUUUACAUGUACACUUUUUAAAACCUGUGUUUAAAAAUAUACUGAAAAAAGAUUUUUAUUUCAAGAACAAUUGAAAAAGAAGUGAACAUAAGAUUUAAUCCAAAAGAGUAUUCAAUGUUUUUAAAUAUUGAUCCAAGAAAUUUGCAGAAAGGUAGAAUGCACUAUUACCUUUAUUAAUUAUUAUGCUUUUAUUUUCUUUAAAUUUUAUCACAUUUUCCAAUAAACAUCACAAGUAUUUUUCGCGUGGGUAUUAUUAAAUUCAAUGAAGUACUUAAAACAUUUUUAGUUUAUAAGGUGAUAAUAGAAAUGCUGUAAAAUAAUUUGUAUUUGUAAGUUAUAGUGCCAUAGUAUUUAUAUUUUGUUUUUUAUCAAAUAAAAUCUUGUAAGAUGA